ACACAUAGCUGCUGUGGCCGAAUCACGGCUCUGAGAGAGUGAGUGCACGCGCACGCGCUUUAGGAAAGAAGGGAGUGAGGGAGAGAGAGAGAGAGAGAGAGAGAGAGAGAGAGAGAGAGAGAGAGAUCAGCACCAACGCGUGACCGCGACUGAAUCCACAAAAUAUAGUGAAGAAGUGGCGUUUUAACACAAAGACUCCGCGAGAGCGAGAAGAUGAAGUACACGCAUCCGCAGUGGCGUGAAAAGAGGAGCCGCAGCGCAUAAAGGGUAAAGUUUUAAGGAUCAUAAGGAACAUUUUUGCUCUCACGCCAGUCAAGUGCCAGAUCUCCCAGCUGUGCUGAAAAGAAAACACGCUGUGGAAGAGAAGCGCAGUUCAGAUUGGGUGGAUUCGUCAGUUUGAGAAGUAGAAGUAGUUUCCUUGCCCCUGGCCUGUAGGCUCUGUGAGCAGCAGUGGAGUACCAGCUGUGUCUGUAAUGGAGCGCUUUCCUGUCCACUGAGUCUGCUGCUGUCAGCACUGCAGACAUGUCUGCUUGCAACACCUUCACCGAACACGUGUGGAAGCCUGGCGAGUGCAAGAACUGCUUCAAACCAAAGAGUCUGCACCGCCUACCCGAGGGGGUUACACACAGGUUUCCCCCUGAACAAGUCCUUAACCAACACAGUCACACCACCACAGGAGGCACAAGUAACAUUAACCACCCAAGCCUCUCACCCACAGAAGGCAGGGCUAUCGUCAACUCUAAUCUUGCAAGCAACCCUCAGAGAAGCAGCAGUUCUUCCCGUUCAGGUCAGUUCCGCCCACCUGUAGCAAAAAAGCCCACAAUUGCAGUAAAGCCCACCAUGAUGCUUCCGUGCUCUGGAUUGGGGCUCGAUCUAGAAGGAAAUCCUCAGAAUCUGGUAGAGAGUGUAGAGCCUGGAAAGGCUUCAGCUUUUAAUGUUUGGAAUCACAAUGGUUUAAAUCCUAAGAGACCCCCAGAACCAAACAACAAUGAGAGAAAUGAUGAAAGGGGAGAGAUGGACGGCUUUACUUCUCUCUGUCCACCAAGCAGUAACAAUAACAAUGGCCUAACGGAUGUGCUGAAGGAAAUUGCAGGUUUGGGCUCAGAUCUGAGCUCCAGCAGGGACGACUUCUUGGGCCGCAUCAGCUGCUCCUACAGGCGCUCGUUGGAGAGAGGCUUGCCUGCAUCCAGCUGUCUGGCAUUGGGUCGUAGCAGCAGUGCAAACAAACAUGUUUCCUUGAGUGAUAGUGCAGAGAUUAUCAGUUCAGAGGGGGGACGCUUCUGCUACCCAGAAUUUUCCAGUGAUGGAGAGGAAGAUGAGGAAUAUGAAGAGGAAAGUGAAAGUGAUGAUGGUGAACACGAGAGCUGGGACGAGAGUGAUGAAGAGCUUUUGGCUAUGGAGAUCCGAAUGAGGGGUCAGCCCCGCUUUGCUAAUUUCCGUGCUGCAACACUGUCUCCAGUUCGAUUUGCAGCUGGUAAGAAGUGGAAUACUGUACCACUGAGGAACCGCUCACUGCAACGGAUCUGUGCUGUUGACUAUGACAGUUAUGAUGACAUUUUAAAUGGCUAUCCUUCCAUGGACUCCAGUGGAGCACGCAGCCUGCUUCCGUAUGACUCUGACCCUCAAGGCAGUGGGUUCUUGUCUAUCUCUGAGUCCAUCACCUCACCAGAGUCCUCAUCUUCUCUCCCUGAGGACUCCUGCACCUCCAGCAGUGGCAGUAGUGUCCCCUGUAACCCGUCUAAUGGUUUGCACCCUAUUCCACUGAACAGAGACUCUGCAGGACAAGAAGACACAGCAGGCAGAGCACUGAGCUCACCCAAAGCCUCUGAGACACACAAAGCUGUUCUGGCCAUCCGAUUACAGGAUCAAGACAUUAAUCAGAGAGAGGGUGGACCUCUUCCGCAGGCACUCCCUGGCCAGCCAAUCACAAUAAGCUUUAGUCCAACUGAGGAGCAGCCUAAACCAUACAGAGUAGUGAGUUUGGAGAAGACUCCUAUCUGUAAGCCUUACACUGUGGUGGAUGUGUCAGCUUCCAUGGCCAGCACUGAGGACCGAACUACUGGGAGCACUGCCAAGCCCAAAGGCUCAACCACAGCAUUGAGUCCCCCACCCUACCCAGGAGCUUCAAAAAAUAUCCCCCUGUCUGCUUCUUCCCUCUCCGCAAAAUCACCUAUAUCGCCCAAAACGCCACUGUCUCCUAAGUCUGCAGCCAUAUCUCCAACCACUCCAGUAUCUCCAUUCACUUCAGUUUCUCCAUCAGUACCAGUCUCUCUAAGUACUGCCUUAGCCAAUGUUACUAAGUCCAGCCCUUCUUGUAAAAAGCCUGUGAGCAGUCGUUACCAAGAGGUGUGGACAUCAAGCACUAGCCCUCGGCAAAAGCUUCCUAAAGUAGAGUUGCUUACUGGGACACCAGCUGGGUCAUCAGUCACUCCCAGACAUGCCAACCACAAAUCAGCUCCCACCUCCCCUGUUGCUGGUAUCUCCUCCUCACGUACCAUACCCGUGAAGUCACCUAAUUUGUCAGAGAUCAAAUUUAACAGCUACAAUAAUGCAGGUAUGCCUCCUUUCCCAAUCAUCAUCAGAGAUGAACCAACAUACGCACGCAGUUCAAAAAAUGCAGUGAAAGUGCCUAUUGUGAUUAACCCAAGUGCAUAUGAUAAUCUGGCUGUGUAUAAGAGCUUUCUGGGGGUAAGUGGGGACCUGCCACAGCCCAAGCCAGGAACAGGUGGUCGAGUACCCAGCCACACAUAUGAGGAAAUCGGAAACUCUGAAACUGCUCACUCCUCACCCACAGAACACAAGCCAACCAGAAAAUUUGUCUCAGCUGAUGCUAAGGAAGAAAGAGAUAUUACAAGAACUGUACCUCACAAUGACAAAACCAAAAAUAUCCCUGAGUGCAAUACAGCAGGCAACAUUUCAGUUACUGUUUCCAGCCCUCGGACAAACACUGUCCCCACUUCUAGCACUGCCUCUAGCAGUCUGACACAAAGCAGCACUGUUAAACUCGCCAGUAGCUUUAACCCCAGUGACGAUUCACCUGUAGCAUGCAGCAGUGAGUGCCAGACCUCCACUAGCACAGGGUCAGGGCACAGGGAGAAGGCCAGCAUGGUGCUGUCUCAGAUAGUAGCCUCUAUCCAGCCACCCCAGUCUCCUCCAGAUUCACCCUCCACUCACAGUAAGACAUAUAGUGCCGAGGAGCUCUACUCUCUUCCCCCUGAUGCCACUAAGGGUACUCUCAGCAGACCCAAAUCACUCCACUGCCCAACAGAUAGUAGUCAGUCCAAAUCUCACAAGGACACUCCAUCCAAGCUUUUACCUAAGUCUCAGAGUGCCUCAGCAGCUGAGGGUCCCACAAGUCCAAAAUCUGAACCCAGUGCCCCUUUCCCCCCACCUAGAUCCACAUCUUCCCCAUAUCAUGCUAGCAACAUUCUUCAGAGACACUUCAGCAAUUGGUCCAGACCCAUGGGCUCCAGACCCAGUGAUGGGGAGGUCAGCCCUGGAGCAGAAGGUAGACGCUCAUCUGACGGUAACAGGCCCAAACGUUGGAUCUCUUUCAAGAGCUUCUUUCGCCGGCGGAAAGAUGAGGAUGAACAAAAAGAGAAAGUGGAGCGAGAGAAAGAGAAAGGAAAGCUGGUGGGUUUGGAUGGGACAGUUAUCACCAUGUUACCUCCUCCUCCUCUUCAGAGGCAGCACUGGUUUUCAGAGUCAAAAACAGACGAUCCCAACCAAAAACCCACCAUUAUCUUCACCUAUAAGCCUGACAGUGGGUCAGGAGGCGAUGGUGAGGCAGAGCUCAGGGUGGAGGAGUGUAAUGCAGGUGCUGGUGGUGUGUCAUUCAACCAGUCAGGUCCACCUAAGAGCAGAGCCAGCCUCUUGAUCAGCAAAGUAAUGAGCCAGAUGCCAGUUCAGGGCCCAGAGAUGGACACGCCUGCCAUCACCUCGUUACCAGCCAAGGUGGAUCUGCUGACCAUGAGGGAGCAAGCCAACCUAUCUACACGCCCCAUGACUCGUCCCCUCUCACCCACUGUCAGUCUAGGGGAGCCUGAGGAGGACGAGGGUACACAAACACACUCUCACUCACACUCCCCUGCUUCUAGCUAUUGCAGUGCCACCUACACCAACCUAGGUCAGUCCAGGGCCAGUUUGAUCCCCACAAAGCACCCCAGGCACCUCAAGACGUCUGAUGAUGGCGUUCAUUCUGAAUCUGAAGGUUUCAAUCUAGGUGCCAAAGUCACUCCCCCACCGCUACCUAAGAAAUCUGUGCCACGAGCCAACACAGAGCCAACACUCACCAUAGAACCAAUGACUCGCCGGCCCCGGGGUGAGGUCAAGCCUGGUGGCGCAAGCUUGAGCGUGGCAAAUCCACUCUAUGACCUGGACUCCACCUGGGACACAGCCAGUCAGAGCUCCUCGCUCAGCUCUGAUGCUCGUCACCUAGAUGAGUCAGGGGACUCACUGGAGAGGCCAGUGGGAGGGGGGCGAAGCAUCUCCCGUUCAGGCAACAGCAGCACAGCCCCAGAUCGGGAAAGACGGGGCUGCCGCAGCACAGAGAGCCUUACAGCCAGUAAGACCCGCAGGCUUGCUCUUUACAGGGGUCUGGAGAGCUGGGAAGAGGUGGCAAGCCGCAUUCGCAAUCUUCACGCUGACACGUUGCGCAAACUGGCUGGCCGCUGUGAGGACCGCUUCAUGGCUGGUCAGAAAGACCUUUUGCGCUUUGGCACAGACAGCUGGUCCCAUUUCAGACUUACCACUGGCAAGCCAUGCUGCGAGGCAGAAGACGCUGUGUACUACACAGCUUCUUACUCUAAAGACCCACUCGUCAACUAUGCUGUUAAGAUUUGCAGGUACAAGGUGAAGGAGACCCAGCAGCAGUUCUUUCACAGCUUGGCUGUUCGACAAAGCCUUUCUGUGCACUACAACAUCCAGCAAGACUGUGGCCACUUCCUGGCAGAUGUUCCUGCCCGCCUUUUGCCCUGGGAGAAUGAGGAUGAGAGUGAUGAAGGGAGGGGUGAAAAGAGACAGAAGGAGCAUAAUCUGGAACAGAGUGAAGUGAAAAGGCAGGAUGAGAAAGGGCAGGGGAACAUAGCAGUGCCGGGGGACAUGGUGUGCCAUGGUGGGAGUUUGCGUAGCCGAGUUGUGGUGAUUACACGCGAGGUCCCAUUCCAAACGGUUGCCGAUUUUGUGCAAGAGGGUUCAGCAAGGCAUUCGCGUAAUCCAGAGCUGUAUGAGCGCCAAGUGUGCCUGCUGCUGCUUCAGCUGUGUAGUGGCUUAGAGCACAUGAAGCCCUACCAUGUGUCACACUGCGACUUGCACCUGAAGAACCUGCUGCUUGUGCACUGUCAUCCAGGAGAUCCUUGGAACCUGGAGCUUCCAGAGUCCAAUAACAACAGCACUUCUGCUUCUGCUUCUUCUGCCUGCCCAGCUCGCCUCAUCAUCAGCAACUUCUCUCAGGCCAAGCAGCAGAGCGUUGUGCGUUACACUGAAUGUGAUGAGUUUCAACUGGGUCUUUUAAUCUAUGAGAUGCUGCACCAACCCAAUCCUUUGGCGGAUGCAGCUGGCUUGAAGGAGAGGGAGCAACUGCCACCACUCCCUACACGGUCCCUAUACUCUCAGGGUCUGAUGCGGCUUGCAGGUCUCUUGCUCCACACUGACGAGUCCGAGCGCAUUGGCGUGGCCGAAGCUCGGGCAUGCCUGCAGUGUCUGCUGUGGGGGCCACGCGACGACCUCUUGCGUGCUGCACCUCUUCCCAUUCAGCGACAUGCAGCGCUGCAGAACUGGCUGGACUUGAAGCGUACACUCAUGAUGAUCAAGUUUGCCGAGCGCUCGCUAGACGCCAGCCACAGCGGCGGUGGAGUCAGCUUAGAGGACUGGCUCUGCUGCAAGUACCUGGCCUUCGCCACCACAGACUCCAUUGACAGGGUUGUACGUGUUUUGCAGCAGAUCUGAAUGUGGAUGCUUAACACCUAGAUUCGUUUAAACAGCCAGUCAGCUUUUAUAUCACAGGCCAAGUGCCUGGUGGAGUCUGCUGGCACAUACACAUUUGCGCUGUAUGCUUUUUUUCUUUCUUGGUUUGUUUUUAUCUGUUUUAUUAUUUUUAAUUUGAGGAACGUGCAAGACAUGUUUGUGCUUUAUUACUCUGUCUGUGUUACUUUAGUAAUGAGUGGUGAAGAAUUUUGAAAUAAUGCUUUUGCUUUUGAAUUGUUUUUUUUUGUAACCAGCCAUGCUGUUUGGUUCUUGUGUUAGAAAUUGUGUUAAUAGAAAAGCAGUGUUUUUUUUUCCCCAUUAGUUGUUUUUAUUGUUUUGUUUUAUUUUGCGUUUGUUUGUUUUUUCAGUGUGACUACAUUUGCAGAACGACUCACAGUUUGGCCUUCACGAUAAAAUGCUUCCUUUGUUUACGCUAGCUGUUUGAGAGAGAACUGAUCUGGCAUCAGCUUGUCUUCUCCGCUUCGACUUGGGACAACACUAGUUUUAGGCAUUUCAGGAUUUCGCAAAGGGUCUGAGAUUUCAUACGAAUGUUUUGUAGUUGCAGUAUGUUAAUGCUGGAUGUAGUGUAGGGAGAGUAAAGGAUGUAUGUUUCUAGGUUUUAGAGCUGUGUGUGAAGCAUAAGGAGUUCAUUAAACCACAGCUGCCACAGAUGGAAGAUACCACUGAGGGCCACGGUAUUUCUGCCACUCGCUCUCAAUCUCUCUCUUUCACCAUCUAUCAGCUCUUUAGUCAUGUUCUCCUCUGAGAACCUCCUGUCUCACUCAAAAGUCUAGAUGAGAUCGAGAUUUAACUUAUUAGUGAAAGAAAUUCCUUAAAUUUGAGCUCUAUUUCUGUAUUACAGUCUUGAGUGUCAGAAAGUCGACGCGAAUGAUUCCAAAGAGUGAGAUAUUUUUGUACCACCAGAAUUUACCAAAGUUUACGAGAUAGGCGGCAUGUAAUUUUCACAUGAAACUAAUGAAAUUUUGAAACAAAAUCUAUUUUAAUGCAGCAAAGAUCUACAUUACUUAAAGUGUCCUUAUGCAAACACACACGGAAUUAGCAGCCGGAUUUUCAGAUCCGGAACUGAAAUAUGCGGAGGAGUUUAGUGAAUGUGCACUGUGGUGAUUGGAGCGUCUUCAAGCGCUCCGAUCAAAGUUCCAUUUCCUCAAAACCCAGACAAUGAGUUGGGGGCGGAGCAGCCCCAGAGAAUAAUGGGUUGGAAUGGCAUGCUUUUUUUUCUAAGGUCGGUCAUUUUUGUACCUUUUAUGAAUUGAUGUGCAAUCAUUGUAAAUGAUAUCUGUUACGUAUGGAAGCAGUAUUUAAAUAGUGUAUGUGCUUGAUUUUAUGCAGCAGUCAGUUAUACAGUUACUUCCUUUAGGCACAUAAUUAUUGACAACGCCUGCCUCAAGGCACAGCUCAGUUUCUUUUGCAUUGAAACAAUUUCCACAUGUUCACAAGCUUGUGUGUGUGUGUGUGUGUGUGUGUGUGUGUGUAUUACAUUUUUGUUAUAUCAAUAUGCCCGAUUGUAAAAAUGUGUUUGUGUGUGCACUUAAUUUUGAAAGGAAAGGGGCCGAAGAGGUUAGAAUGUGAAUCAGCGGCAAGUCCCAGGUCUGCCUCCACAGGGACCAGUCAGCUAACUGGCUCACUCAGAUCAGUAGAGAAAAUCCAAGAGCCAUGUUGUGCUAAAAUUGUGAAUUUGCUGGAAAUCAUCCUCCUUUUUUAUUCUGAACCUAGAUAAAGAGUGGUGUGAGCCGAACAGCUCUAAAGCAGUGUUUCUCAACCAGCGGCCCUCAGGGCCCCUGUGGUCCGUGGCACAAUUUCAACAAGCCUGGGAUUGUUCAAAAAGAAAAAAUAGAUUAUGAUAUAAAUUAUGUAUAACUGCCAUUUUUUGUUAAACAGUUGGUUUAAUAAUUCAUUCAAUACAGAAUUACUGUUUUUGCUUAGUCAUGUACAUUCACAGCUCUCUCACUAAUGUAGCUUAGCUUGCUCUUUCAGCUGGGUUUGUAUCGUGUCCAACACUGAUGAGUUAAACAUACACAUGAUCAUUCACAGCCCUGUGUGUACCUUUAGCAAUCAAUGUUCUGAACAUUUUAAUGUUAACCCACAACUGCAAUCAUUUCAUUUUCAAGGUAAACUUGGAUGCAUGUUAAGAUUAAAGCAAGGCAAAAUGCAGGCAGGAUAUCUAAUCUAACAUUGACCUGAAGAUUGAUUCCAUCUGAUGGCUCGGUUUAUGAAAAGGUGUAAUCUAAGACUACUCGUACAUAUUAUUUCACAUUAUAAUUCUGUAUAUGCAUAUUAUGCUGGGUGUCUGUGAGGAUCAGAAUAUGCCAUAGCUCAUAAAUAUGAUGAGAAGCACUGCACUAAAAAAAAAAAAGUGCAAUACAGUAGCUGAUCUGCUCACGUCGAAGUGGCUAAGAAAACACACAGAGUCUGUCUGAGCCAUUAUUCAUCUGUGUCUGUCUGAAAAACCUUUGGUCUUUUUUUGCUCCUUUCCACUAGCGAGCAUCCUGAUUCUGUUUUUAAUUAAUUAGGAAUCGUUCUAAGAAGGAGAUGCGUUCAUUCAGCAAGUGUACAUGGGUGUGUGCGUGUAUUCCUUACGAGACUCCAAUGCUGCUGAGGUUGGUUGUUUGACUUACUGGGGAAUGUUGGUGGACUGCACCGGUGGCCGUCCUUCCAUCAUAGUUUUGCGUUUUUAUAUUAUAGUUUUAUAUAAUAGAUUUAGAAUGGUACACACACCACAACACCUUGUGUUCCAGGCUCACUAUUCUGUCUUGGCUCUACUUCACCUUCACCACUUCAUGCUGGACGAUGUUCUGAUAAUCAAUGCUUGUUUUGCUUUUUUUUAUUUCCACGAGUGUAUUUUAUGGUUGAUUUUUAUGUAUUUUAAUGCCUAAUAAAUAUAUAUAUAAGUAUGCUACUGACUUUAUUGAAAGCCAUUAGUGUUCAUAUAUAUAAAUUGGCCGUUAUAUAUAUAUUUAUAUAUAUAAAAAUGUAUGUAUGUAUCUCAUGGCAUUUGGUGGCAUACAGCCAUUCCUUGUUGUCUGAGUUAUCAGUAGUAAUAAAAAUAUGAAUAUAUGUUUUUA